UGCGGCGCUGUAUAUGUAACAGCUGCAGCAAAAAAAAAGAAGAAAGAAAAAAGGUUAGCGUAAAAUAGAGAGUAGAUCCAGCAGAAAAUAUACAUUAUAAACAAAGAGAGGUCAUUUUCCCAUCCAUUUAAUUUGUAAACUAAACAAAAAAAAAACAUUUACAACUCAUUCCACUAAAUAUUUCAACUUCCUUAAAUACUGAGCUGCAAUAAAAAUCAAAUGUUUUGACACAAGUCUGGCUUGAACGUGAUUAGAUCUACCUAAUAAAGCAGCAGAUAACGGGUACAGUGUCACCUGUGUGCCGUUAGGGGGCGGUAAGCCGUCCUUGCCACUACGGUAACAUGGCCGACUGAUAAGCACAUUGUGAAUUUCAGCCUCAGCAAGGGCUUGUAUUCCAUCUGCUAAGCGUAAAUGCAGUAGCUGCUUGUCGUCCCAAAACAAAGGAUGCUGGUGUUGGUGACUAUUUGAUCGGAAAGCACAAUAGGUCAACCUGCCGGCUUGCGGACUCGAACCCACAUGUUCGGAUCCGAGCAUGGAGGACUCCGUACGCGGGUGAUCAGCCUUUGCCACCAAAAUAUAGCCUUUCACGACCUACCUGGUACUCAAAGCGCUUUGACACUAUUGCCACAUUCACAAACUGAUGGCGGGAGCUGCCAUGCAAGGCGCUAACCAGGACCCAUCAGGAGCAAGGGGGAAGUGUCUUGCUCAAGGACACAACAGACGUGACUAGGUUUGUAGAAGCUGGGGAUCGAACCAGGUACCCUCAGGUUGCUGGCACGGCCACUCUCCCAACUGCGCCACGCCGGUCGCGGGGGGUGCUGGAUCCUAUCCUAGCUGCACCCAGGCCGAAGGCAUGAGCAGCAGCAGAGCCAAUGUGAGAAGAAACAUGUUCUACACAUGUGGAGACAUCUGAGAAGAUCAUGAAGGAAACCCUGCCGGUAGAUGCUGAUGACCCUGAGCAAGGUGGAAAGACGCCAUCGACGUCCUUGUUUGAUUUAACACCCAGCUCGAGAGGUCGCCAACGCAGGAAAAACCCCAGAUUUUCAGACUACGACACCAGUGACAUCUACGAAAAUGAAGCGCAAAGUGAAAAAGAGAUUUCUGCUACAAAGAGUCUGGAAAAGAAGGCGACUCCCAAAAAGCGAGGACGACCGAGGAAGGUCCCGCUGCCAAGCGUGGACGAACAAGCAGCGUCCGAAUCGCCUCGAGUGCCGGAAGCAAAAAGGACUCCUUUAAACAAUACUCCAGCUACAGCAAAUGAUUGCGCCUCUCCUGCACCGGGAGACCCUUUGGAGAAUGGGACACCGAAGCCAAAGAGGAAGUACUUGAAGAAACAGCGAGUCGAGGUGGAACCAGUUGCACCCUCUCCACGUGAGAAGAGUCCAGAAGUACCUGAGGAGGAGGUACUGGAAGGGCGCUGCAAGAGGAGCGCUGCUAAAAUGGCGAUGAAGUUCCUGCAUGCGAUGGCUCAAGACAUCAGUCACUCGACUGAAGGUCCUAAAUCCAGCGAUGACUCCAUUACCAAAACACCAGAACAAGCGACAGAGGACAGAAGUUCUAAAGAGAAAAAAGUACGCAGAGGUUGGAAGAGAAAGCACUCCGACAGCGAUGCCGCAGAGGACGUCGACUUUGUUCCAGAUGUGGAAGAAGAGGAAGUGGAAAAUGCUGAGGAAGACGAUGAAGAGUCAACAGACUCUGAUUUUAACUACAAGAGCUGUCACAGCGCUUCAAACACCAAACUGGGGAAGAAUUCAGCCACCAUCAUAAUGAACCCCAUUUGGGAUGCCUUUGACACAUACAAGUCAUUCCGUGAGGAGAACCUCAGCACCUGGAUUUUUCCGGAGUGGAUGCCCUCCUCCAGUGCUUGGCACCAGGUGUCCCAAAGUGAACUGGAGACAUAUCUACCUCAGGAACUUCUUUCAGCAGCUUUCAAAGUGUCGAGGGAAUCUUACGCAGAGGAGACGCCUCUGCGUAGACUCAAAAGGUUCGAGGCACUACCUUCUCACCAGGACCGUUGGGACCUGCACCUGAAUGCGGGCGGGCCAGUGUGGGCCAUGGAGUGGUGCCCGACCCCCGAUGGGGCUGUGGCCUCCCAGUACUUGGCUGUAGCCUGCUACAGAAACAUGGACGACCAGCACUACCUCCACAAAACCUACUCUGGACCGGCCUUGGUGCAGCUGUGGGACCUGGGCUUGCUUGAGUAUGACAGCAGGCCGGGCUCACAGCCGCGCCUGGCCUACGGCGUGGUCCUGGACAAAGGUUUCAUAUGGCAUCUGAAGUGGUGUCCAGCAGGAGGAUGGGAGAUGCCCUCCAAAAAGAAACAGGCUCCUCUACUGCCCAGACUUGGUCUUCUGGCAGUAGCCACCUCCACUGCUGUGGUCACCAUCUACAGUCUGCCCCAUCCUGAUGCACUGAACCCCAGCUGGAAUCUUCCAGACUAUGGUGACAGCAGCCAGUGUGGAGCCAUUUACAAGCCUGAUCCUGUUCUUACCCUCAAGCUGGGCUCCUUGAAGUCGCUCCGUCUUGAGCAGAGCGGACAGGUUCUGUCCAUGGACUGGCUGCCUGUUCAGCCACAUGACGUCAUCGCUAUCGGGUUCUACGAUGGUAUUGUGGGUCUGUGGGAUCUGAACACAAAGUCGCCAUUGUUGCGUGUUCAGGUGUCACAUGACUCUCUGACCCUGCUGCCGUUCAAAUGUUUCCUGGCUCAUGACAAUGCCGUGCGCGCUCUGGUUUUCUGUCCUGCCAAUAGACAUCUUUUAGCGUCUGCGGGGGAGGACCGCUUUUUGAAGACGUGGGACCUAACGAGGCCUUAUGGGCCAGUCACGGUCCAGAAACGAUCUGUGCCCAGUGAAGUCUACUGGCCCUUGAAUGCAACUGGACUUUUUUGGGCCGAGGACAACGCUUUUGUAUCAACUUUCUCUCAAGGAGUACAUUACUAUGACCACAAAAUGUGCUCCUACUUUGCAAUCCCGAGGAUGAUCACGAUGUGGUCCAUCUCUUACUCUGAUUGGCUGAACAGUGUGGUAACAUCGGACGUGCUGGGUGAGGUCAUUUGUGCCGCGUUGCCUCCAAUUAGUAUCGCUAUUCACUACCCAAAACGGCCGGUUGAGAGAAGAUUUCCCAUCUACUUCACCACGGUGGAGCCUCACGAGGACACUGGAAAGAAGCAGGAUGGGCCGGCGGAUGCUGGUUGUGAGGAGGAGGAGGAUGAGGAAGUGGAGGGAGAAAAAGGCAGAAAGGUCAACGUUCCUCAUCUACAGCCUGAGACGUACAAAGAGGCUGAAAGGAAGUACUACCUUCAUUACACUGACAACAACAUGAUCUUUGGGAGGAAGGGAUGUCUGUGGAAGAAAAUGCAGAAAAAUGAGUUUAAGAGCAGGGUUAACGUAGACCGCAUGCCUUUGUCUGCGCUGCACAAGGUGCGUCUGAACCCCAACAUGAGCUCUCACACGUGGCUGGCGUCGGCGGGCCAGGCCGGCCUAGUCCGACUAAACUGUGUGAGGAGCCUCAACAACUCAUACGUUCACGCCGCCAUCAGCAAGUGCCAGGCCGAGUUUGACGCUCUGCACCCGUCGACAAGCGUGGGGGAGGAGCAGAAACGGGCGGAGGACGCUCCUCUAUGACCUCCGCUGUUGGCAUAGCCAUGCUAACUGGAGAAAGACUUUGCAAUCAACUAAAGAGGAGACAUUUGUUUUUAUAGUCUGCAUAUGUUUUUAAAACAAAAUCAGAAUUCUUCUAAUCGAGUCAGGCCGCAGCUGCACAAAUACUUGAACUUUUUUUAAACCUUCUUUUAGCAGCAGUCUUUGAGUGCACAUGUACAGAUCAAGCCAAGUGUGUUUAUAGCCAUUAUUAAACGUUAGCAAACAUGAUCAGGGAACAGGAAUACAUUACAUUAUUCACUCAUAUAUAUAUGGCAUGUAUCUUGUCACCGGAAUGUUUCUUUUUCUUCAGCCAAGCACUUCAAUAAGACUGAUUUUGUAAAAUACAAAUAUUUGGUUUUGUAAUCGAGGCGAUGAAUUAAUAAAGAUGACUUAUUUCAAAAAGGAUU